AUGAUCCUCGUUAUACUAUUAUUUUAUUGUCGCCUAGUGUUAGGGAGUAGAAGGAGCGUCACGGUUUUCGGGGCUACUGAUGAUAACCCACUUCCCAAUUUCUCCAUAAGAGGUUAUGUUUUCUGUACACGGGCCAAAGAUAUCAGGAACAACUGGCCGUUUUCCCAGGAAAAUCUGCAACUUUGUCUGAAAUAUGGAGUGAAAGAUGUGUUGCCGCCUUUUGAUCGGACUCUGGAUUCAGUGAGAAGCCAAUCCACUGCAAAAUGUGCAGCUGAGAACUCAACUGUCUGCCGAAACACAUCUAUCGGUGUCGAGAAUAUAAUCAACUCAAGCGUAUCUCGAAAGGACAACGAAAUUCCACCAGCCACAGAUCAAUCUUCUCCCCACACAAAUUCAGUUCCAGAGAAUAUUGUAAAGCUGAAAGUUAAUAGAUUGAGCCAAGAUUUAUCCACCGCUAAUCCGUUUUUAGCAUUAGACAAAAUGGCUUCAAAUGUUUGCCCGGUUUGCAAAAUGUUUUCAUCUUCCUCCAACACCACCCUAAACGCCCACAUUGAUCAGUGUCUUUCCAUCAAAUGGACUUCGAACCCGAAACAGAUGAUCAAGCAUAGAAUAAAGCCAAAGAAAACGAGAUUGAUGGCGGACAUAUACAAGACGGCCUUAUGCUGUACGUUGGAGGAUCUCGACCGAAGAAAUGGAACGAACUGGGCCUUGAACUUGGGCUGUCAAGAAGAUCAGGAUUUGGGGGCCCGUGAUGUUAAUGGAGAUGCUGAUGAUGUGUAUGUGGACUCAAAGGGGACAAAGGUUCGGACACUAUCGGAGCUCGGUGAUUUGCUGCCGUGUAAGAAUGCUGGAUAUGAUAAUGAUAAGCCUGUGAAAACAGAUAAAAGAAACAAAUUUGGUAUGAGUAAGAAGAAAAAGUAUCUUGUCCAGAGACACAAGAUUUUGGAUCGUUGUCUUCAUGGACAGGGAUUUUACCCUCCCGGGGCAGAUUGUCUGUCGAAAUAUCCUAGGCCAGAAAUUCGCCCCGAGCCCAAGGUGAAAAACUGCCAGGAAGAAGAGUCUAAAGGUUUCAAGGAUCUUAGACAGCAUUACAUUGCCAAUGAUCAGACGAAAUUCGAUUACUCGGGAAGAGUGAUUAAACAGUGGGUCGGCUCGAAGCGAAGUGGUCUCAAGGAGGUGGUCAAUCUCGAGCAUGAAAGUUCACUUUCGAGAAAACUUGAAAAUAAACCACCAAUAAAGAGUGGUGUAUCAUCAUCACCUGUUGAUACGUUUAAUGGGAACCACUCGUCUUCUUCAAAUGGCAAGAAAAUCGGGACUGACGAGUGGCCAUCUGUAAAUGGCGAUAGUUCUUCUCUCAGCUCAAGAACAUCCCAGCAUCAUCCUACGUUUUCACCGGGAGCCAAUGAGUUUUCAUACCCGAGAAAUAACUCUUCUAGUCGUGCAAUGACAUCUCAUAGUAGAAAGUUUUCAUCUUUGAGGAAAAAACUUCUUUCUUCUGUCAGGCAUCAAUCAGUUCCGGAAUCAAGGAAAAAAUUGCGUCUAAAGCAUUUGGACUUCAAUAAACAUGGACCCUGCUGUGAAUCCGAAUCAGAAGAUGAGGCUUUAGUGUCACAAUUUCGAAUUUAUGGACAAGACAAUGAAGGUCUAAUGGCAGAGGCUUCUAAUGAGCCAUUGCUUAAUAAUAAAACUAGGGUUUUGAUAAACCAUAAGAAGAAAGAAGGAUUUGUAAAUGCCGGCAAAGGAGACUUUCCCUUGAAGGCUUACGAGACCUCAUCUGAAUCCAUUUGUCACGAUGUUGGGAAAACUAUCGAUCCUUUUGGCGAUACAUAUAAUGGUUUUGCAGCCUUUAGCAAUGUCGAAUGUAUUUCAAUGUUUUGUGCCGAUGAAGUAGGCAGAGAUUUGGUCAUUGCAGAAAACAAUUCUGGUGAAACACAAAGAAACUACUAUGCUGAUAUGGACCCAAUUCCCAUACCGGGACCACCAGGCUCAUUUUUGCCGAGCCCCGGGCAUAUGAGCUCGGAAGAACUUAAAGAAAGUUCCUCACUGACCACAUGCAGAAUACGCUCGUCUGAAGGCGAGCAUGAAGUGGUUGAUACGAAUUCAUCAGCAGGGUUUUGGGAGCCUCCUACACAGUCUAAUAAUACUAAUCCGGUUUUGCGGCUAAUGGGAAAGAACUUGACUGUGAUGAACAAAGAUGAAAGCGGGUCAAAUAUAGCUUUGGCGAGCCCUGGUUCAAUGUCGUGUGUUGACAAUGGCCUCUCUACUGUCAAUGUAUCGAAUGGGCCUCACACCUUCGGCCGUAUUUGUUCUGGAGGUCCUCCAGUUCUCAAAAAUAUGCAAAUAAACAUGCCACCUCCAAUUCUCGAAAAGGCUCCUAGUAAUUUCAGGCCACUUCAGUCUUCUGCUUGUCCUUGUGAUUGUUUUGAUGGAAACUUAAGUUCGUCUGUGAAGUCUCACGAGUAUGCAAGUGAGUGCACUAUGAUUAGCAAGCAAAUUGGAACAAACUUUGUCCAGAAUGUUGGGGCACCAUUAACACCGCAUGUGGAACUUUGUGGAAGCAAACAAAAGGAAAUGAUCGUGAUUGAUGACUCACCAGAAAUCGGUCACGGAGGUUUUAAAUCCGUGAAAGCAACUAAUGGUAUGUCAAAUUAUCAAACACGGGGUUAUCAUCCUCUUUUUGCUGGAUCUCCAUUUAUUCAGAAUGGUAAGAAACGAGGCGAAAGUUUUGGGAAAUUGAUUAAUUUCACAGCUGAAGGUUCGAAUGCAGUGCAAUAUCCUAGUUCGUCAACUGCUUCCUUUCCCUACAUAGUUGAUCAACUGAGGCCUUCUUUUUACGUCUCUCAUGGUUUUUCCUGA